AAAUGCAUCUUCUUAUGUUGCUUCUUUUUCUUUCUUUUUUUUUUUUUUUAAGGGUCUUUGUUUUAUUGGCUGUAAACAUUAUACAUGUAAAAUGUGGAUUUAAAUCAUCACAGAAGUCAAACAACACAUCUGUUUGAUGAGUUCAUUGAAUUGUGACUGCAGUGUUAUUUCUUCUCUUUUCUGUAGGUUUAAAGACUGACUCAACCUGCCUGGAGUACAAACAUGCAGUCAGACCUGUAUUGCGGUCACAUGAUCUGCUCUUAUUGGACGCUGCUUUGGCAGACAGCCUCACUGAACAUGAACACACCUGAAAGAUGUGAGCUUCAGUCCGACAUAAGGUCGACAUCAGCAGACGAAGAAAAAGAGUGAUGGGUCAGACUGACAGCUCUGUCUCUCCUCAGGUGGUACUGAUGGGCUUGGACUUGGCGGGGAAGUCAACUCUAUUGGCCAGAUUGCUGACAGGAAAGGUUGUGGAAACGUCUCCAACCGUUGGAUUCAACGUUGGAUCUCUGGAGCUGGACAAGAAGACAUCUCUGACUGUUUGGGACGUUGGAGGACAGAAGAGCAUGAGAGCCAACUGGAGAUACUACCUGGACGACUGUAAGGCUCUGGUGUUUGUGGUGGACAGCAGUGAUCCGGCCCGACUACCAGAGGCCCAGAAGGUCUUAAAGAAGGUCCUCAGUGAGGAGAAGCUACGAGGAGUUCCUCUAAUGGUUCUGGCCAACAAGAAGGACCUUGCCAAUUCCAUGAACAUCCGAGAGAUCUCCAAUCAGCUGGAUCUCCAGAGUCAUGAUGACCGUCUUUGGGAGAUUCAGGCCUGCAGCGCACUGAAGGGCCUCGGCCUCCUGCAGGCCUUCAUGUCCAUCAGCAAGCUCAUCAAGAAGUCAAACUAACCAGGUCAUUCACAAUAGUAAUUAUAUAUAUUUAAUGGAACUCAUAAUCAAACCUGUGUGAAGAUGAAAUAAUAAAUAUGAAGACUGUUCA